CUGUAGGUAGGUAUUACAGUGCCUACCUUACAUCUACGCAUUCACCAUAAUAAUUGUCAUAAUUCAUAAAUUAUUAAAAAUUUUAAAAUAUUUUUUUUAUUUAUUUGUAAACAAUUAUACACAAGUUCUAGUAAAUAUGAUUAGGAAUUCAAUUUCCAAAUCUUUAGAUCUUUUGGACAGUUCAUCAUUAACAGUCGGGAAUUAUUCUUUAAGUGACCCGAGCGAGGGUACCGAGUUAAAUAAACAGUCAAAAUUCAUCAAUUCAUUAGAAGUUGCACAUCUAAAAGAUUUAAAAAUGUAUUUUUUUUAUUACGACGACAAAGAACAUCCAUUAAACAAGGACGAAUUUGUAGCAGCAAUAUGUUCAGUUAUUGGUAAUAAUUUAUACGCGAAGGAGGCUGAUGAUUUUUUCGAACAAGUAUGCGUUGAAGAUUUCAAUACAAAAGAAGAUGUUAUUUACUGGAAACAACUUAUGAAUGAAAUUCGAUAUAGUACAUAUUUUUUUCGAGAUGUCUGGGACGCAUUACCUUUUGACCAAAAUAAUAUAACCAUGCAUUUAAUGCCACAUUGUAAACAUGAAUCCAUAGUCAAAGUGAUUAGUAUAGAAACAGAAGAAUUCUUUUGUUACACUGUUUUUUCUCGACUAGGCCAAGUGGGCAUCUAUGAUGGUCGUCUAAACUUACUAAGGGAAUACGUAGUACAAUUGUCUCAAUGUCCCGAUGACUUAGUACGGGCGGCUCGUCGACGACGUAAUAUUUGGAUCAAUGAUGCAAUAUACUUACCAGAUGCUCAAUUCAUAACUAUUGCUGCAUCAGACGGCUCUAUCCAUUUUGUGGACACUGUUUGUCUAGUUCAUGUGCCAACUUUUUGUAUUACUGGUUUAAAAACAACGCCGACUUGUUUAGAAUACUGUCCUGGUAAUUCUUCACUUUUGUUUAUUGGUGACGAUAAUGGCAGUAUUUCUCAAAUGGAAUUUCUUCAACCAAAACGAUCGUUAUUUAAACGAGAUCCAACGAAUAAAGUUGAUACAUAUUUUUGGAAAGAUUUAGAAUAUCAACAAGAAUGGGUUAAAAUACAUACUUGUGGAAUUCCAAUUCAUCCAGACAGUAUAAAGCAUAUUAUUUAUUGUGAAUCUGAUGAAGCUACAAUAAGUUGUUGUCAAGACCAUAAACAAUCUCUAGUCAUUAAACAUAUAAGAGAUGAAUGGCAUCCAUACGUAUUUAACAUUCGACAUGGUGUACGAUGUUUUCAUUACAAUGCAACACUAAAAUUAUUAGUGACUGGAUGUUCACAUACAGUUUAUAUUUGGAAUCCAGUAGUAACAAAAAUGUAUCUUGCUAAAUUAGAAGGGCAUACAAAUUCAGUUGUAGAUGUCAGAAUUUUUGAACACUUCAAUCUUGUAAUAAGCAUUUCAAAGGAUGAAGUACUCAAAGUAUGGAGUUUAAAUACCUAUGUUUGUUUACAAACAAUUCAAUUUAAUUUUCCAGUCUAUAAUGUACUCGGAAAAUCAGUUGAAUUUAGUUGUCGAACAUUUUAUCCAGGACCAAUCAUUAAACAACCACCAGAAGAACAAGCGUCAUUAAAAUCUAUUGAUGCAAGUAAUAUAACUAGUGCGCAAACAAGUGUUUAUAUGCCCAAGGAAAACUGGGAAUCCGAAGUAUUGAUAAUUGUUUGCUCUAACUAUUUAUCAACAAUAAAACAAAAUGUAAAGGAUUAUUCCCAAAAUCAUUCUCCUCUUCCUCCGCCAGUAGAAGACAAAAAACCAGCGCUUCCAUCAGAAUGGAGUUUCAGCGAUACCGAUCAGAUUAUCAUCGACGAAAUUGAUAGUACAUUUAUAGAAUCACCAAAAAUAGAAAAUGACAAAAUAAAAAAAUUGCUAAUUAAAUCAAGACCUCCAUUAGACCAUGAAGCUUUUAACCAGGAUACACAUAAAAAAUCGAUAAAUACUAAAAUGAAGAAGCACGUAGAUGAAAUGGUGAAAAAUGGAACACCUUAUUUAGCAAUGCACUUAUGUCCCGUAUAUAAAUUAGAACUAUCUAAAAAUUUGGCGUUGAGCGAUGCUACAAAAUCAAGGUUCCCGUUUAUAGAAAAAAUGGAUGAUAUAUUUUGUGAUGGAAUUGCAUAUGAUGAACAAAUUAAGUCACCUACGAAGGAACAAAAUAAAAAAAAACAGAUUAACAUUAAACAUUUGAUGGAAAUUAUAAAUAUAUUGGAAUUAGACGAAGAUAGUGAUAUUGAAAAAAUGAUAAGCGAAUUUAUUUAAUAAUAACUAGGGUUCGGAUUUCAAGGCAAUAUAAUCAAUAAAAAAAGCAUUUAAAAUGUAAAAAAAAGCAUUUCAUUUAUAUAAAAAGGCAAUUCAUAAAUAUACUACAAAAUAAAAUAGUGAACACUUUUAAAUGCACACAUUUUGAGAAAAAUAUAAAUUACAAACUAUUUUAAAUAUUAACUUACUUGAGUUAUACCAGUUAAUUUAAUGCAAAAUAAACUAGUUGGUAUUAAAAAAAAAUUGACUACCAUGUAUUUUGAUAAGCUGUCUUUAGAAAAACGGCUACGGUUAGGGCUCAAAAUAUUUUUGUACAUCGAAAAGGAUCUUUCUACGUCCACCGAAGUUAUCGGGGCAUAUUUCAUACUUAAAUAAUUAUCUAAAUUAAGAUUGCUACUUGAUAGAUCGUCAUCCUACGGGUAAUUUUAUGGCCAUACAAAAUACUCGAUAAGACGAUAUAAUCGAUAAAUAUUGCGAAUAAUAAAACCCAUUUGUAGCCAUAAUACGCAAGCUGUGUAUAAAAUUAUAAAAUCAACUGAAAAAUUAAACACAAAAUAGGCAUUUUAUAAGUACAAAAGGUAAAAAAAAAGGCAAAAAAAAAAGAUCCAUCGUCUAAGAAAUUAAAUGAAACACAUUUUUGUAUAAAAAUUAUUUUUCUAUUAUGAUUAAUAAAAGAAAGGCAUUUGCCUUCAAAUCCGAACCCUAAUAAUAACCAUCCCUCGCUUCAAAAAUAACUUAAACAAUUAUAUAGCUGUAAAAUCUAUAAUUGUUAAUUUUUAAAUUUUAAAAUCGGUUCAAUAAAUGUAAUUAAUUAAUUAAUAUUAUUUAGUCUCUCAAUUAUGCACAU